AUGAUUCAGCAGCGGGAAAUCGCACGGCUGAGAGCCUUCCACGCUGCCCAUUUCUCCGGCCAACCAAUCCCAGACCUGGUAACUUGUCAGCAGAAUCCCGUGGACCACACCGAAUCCAGCCGUGCUGCUGAGGCUAUUAUUGGCGAGGAAAACCACGACGACGACCGUGGUCUGGGAUAUUAUGAGGACGGCGCGAAAAGGACGUUAACAGAUGAUCAGAUCAAGAUGUUCCGCCAUUCCGAGAUCCAGCGCUUACUGAGCGAGAAAAGAGCAGCUAAGGUGAAGGAAGAGACAAAAAUAAAGAUGAAAGAGAGCAGCGGCGCCAGCCCUGUAACACGUGAACCAAGGAAACGGCGAUUUGAAGACGAGCCAGCAGCAACCCAGUUCGGUGUCGAUACUUUGACCUACGAUGAAGAGCCAGAUACACGGGCAGCAUCAAUACCCGUGGAAAAGAAAUUCUUGUGGCCAGUCCUUGGACAGAAUUCAAAAUGA